CUGGGAAGAUACGUGGAUUUGGUUCUUUAUUCGGUAACGAUGGGUCAUACAGCAAGUGCCAAGUAUUUGCUUUUCACGCUGGCCGUGCUUGGCUCGCUCCGCGGCGGAGCCAGCUCACCCUGGCUCGGUUCUCAACCACUUAGCAAAGCUAACUCCGGUAGUGCCGUUGUGAAUUACCCGACCCCGUCUUCAGAACUACAGCAACCCGGAUUCCGAGCGCUGCUCCCGCAGACUGUCGCGGCGCAGUGCGGGGAGUCUAGGGUCGUGGUGACGGUAAAGCGGGAUCUGUUCGGUAUCGGUCAGCUCAUCAAGGCUUCUGAUGUCCGCCUGGGAAGCUGCGGGGUUACGCGGCUGGAUGAUGCGACGCAGAGCGUGGUUUUUGAUGCGCAGUUGCAGGAGUGCGGCAGUACUCUGAUGAUGGUCCAGGACACGCUGGUUUACAGUUUCACCCUCAGCUACAGCCCGACCCCCAAUUCUAACCUGCCUAUAGUGAGAACCAACGCCGCUCAAGUUGGCAUCGAGUGCCGCUAUUUGAGGUUGCACAAUGUGAGCAGCAAUGCGCUGAAACCCACGUGGGUCCCCUUCACCUCCACCAAGCUUGCAGAGGCCGCCCUGGACUUCUCCCUGAGACUGAUGACCGAUGACUGGCUCACCCAGAGGACCUCCAACAUCUACUCCCUGGGGGACGUCAUGAACAUCGAAGCCUCGGUCGACGGGACCAACCACAUGUCCCUCCGGCUCUUUGUGGACAACUGUGUGGCCACCAUGGUCCCUGAUAAGAACGCCAGCCCCCGAUACGUCUUCAUUGACAACAGCGGCUGCCUGGUUGAUGCGAAGGUGUCUGGCUCCGGGUCCCGCUUCAUGUCUCCCAGAGUGCAGAACACCAAGCUGCAGAUGAAGCUUGAUGCCUUCAGGUUCUACUCUGAUGCCCGGAGCUCCAUCUACAUCACCUGCCACCUGAAAGUUGCGUCUGCUUCCCAGAACAUGGACUCCGUGAACAAGGCCUGCUCUUUCGCUACCGGCUCCAGCAGGUGGAGCUCUGUGGACGGGAGUGAUCAGGUAUGCAGCUGCUGCAAUACUGGGAGCUGUGCUGCGGGAAGCCCUUCCAGAAAGAGACGAGGGAGAGGAGCGGCUGGCAGCAUGGUUGAGAAGCUAGCACUAGAAUGGGAAGGCGAUGCUCGUGUCGGACCCCUGAUUGUUCUGGAAACUCUGUAUGACCUUGAUGCCCAGAGUCUCCAUCUGAAAACGGAGGACAGUAAAUCGCAAGGCUUCCCUGUUGAGGUUCUGGUCCUGGCUGGUGUGGUUGCUGCUGUGGCUCUGGGCUGCAUCGCUGCGCUGGCUGUUGUGCUCUACAGGAGAUCUGGCAAACCCACUGUUUGAUUUUGUACUUGUCAAUGAGAACAAUAAACCUGUCACUGAAA